UGAGUCAAGUGCGAGUCCAACAGAGAGAACGAAUGCGAGCAGUUGAGUGGGAUGCAAGGAAGCAAUAAAACAGAACAUUGGAAGAACAUUAGGAUUCAAAGACAAAAAGUUUCAAAAUGAACGUUAUGAGACAAUGAAACGGGCUGCAAAAAGGAAUUCGUAGAGAGAGGACAGAACAUUAAGGAUGUGUUUUAUUUUUUAUUUUGGAAAGGAUGUCAACGUUGUUUUUCAAGUAGCUAACAACAUUGCCAUUCAAAAGGAAAUGCAUCAGAAGGAGGCAACGCUGAUAUCUCCAAGGGGUCCUUAGACCUGAGGCUGUUGUCCUCCUGCCCCUCUGCCCACAGCCUCCUACCAAGCUGGUCUCUUUUAAUGGUUGGCACUGGCCACCGCGGCCCUGAUUACUGCCCACACAGACACAGCCUGAUGAUCACUGGUGCCAUGGGAGCGGUGCGAGUCAACAGAUACAGCAUUGUAGCCACCGAUGAAGACCACUUCAAGAUCUCCACCUUGGGCCUCCACAAUGGCCAUGGUCCCCUGAUGCACCACAAUAUGACUGGGAGGGGUAUGGGGGGCGGAGGAGGUGGUGGUGGUGGAGGAGGAGGAGUGUCAGAAGGAGGAGGAGGCGGCAGCUCGCUAGCCCUGCGAGCAACAGAGCCUGUCCACAACGGCCGCCAGAUCUCCACGACGGGGCCCAACCAUGUCCGGAGCCGCUUCGUGAAGAAGAACGGCCAGUGCAACGUGGUUUUCCACAACAUGGAAGACAAGACGAAACACUAUCUGGCCGACAUAUUUACCACCUGCGUGGACAUCCGCUGGCGUUACAUGCUGCUCCUCUUCACCUCUACCUUCCUGCUCUCCUGGUUCCUCUUCGGGGUGGUCUUCUGGGGAGUGGCCCUGGCCCAUGGGGACUUCGACCUUCGACCCGGCCUGGGAGAGGGGCCUCUGGCCGGCUUGGAGGGAGGAGGGGUGGAGUGGAAGCCCUGCAUCCUACACGUCCAAGGCUUCGUAGGGGCGUUUCUCUUCUCCAUAGAGACCCAGACCACCAUUGGGUAUGGGUUCCGCUGCGUCACCGAGGAGUGUCCGGCGGCGGUGGCUACGGUGGUGGUCCAGUCCAUUGUGGGCUGUAUCAUCGACUCCUUCAUGAUCGGAACCAUCAUGGCCAAGAUGGUUCGACCUAAGAAGCGGGCGCAGACCUUGCUGUUCUCGCACCACGCGGUAAUCUCCAUGCGGGACGGGAAGCUGUGCCUGAUGUUUCGCCUGGGGAACAUGAGGAAAAGCCACAUCGUGGAGGCUCACGUCCGGGCGCAGCUCAUCCGGCCGCACGUCACUGCCGAAGGCGAGUACCUCCCCAUGGAGCAGACAGACAUCGACGUGGGCUACGACGAGGGCCUGGACCGCCUCUUCCUAGUGUCUCCACUGGUCGUGGUCCACGAGAUCAACGAGAACAGUCCGCUGUACUGCAUGAGCAGCGCCGACCUGACGACAGAGGACUUUGAGAUCGUGGUGAUACUGGAGGGGAUGGUGGAGGCCACGGCCAUGACCACCCAGGCCCGCUCCUCCUACCUGGCCAGGGAGAUCCUGUGGGGCCAUCGCUUCGAGCCUGUGGUCUUCGAGAAGGAGCACCGCUACCAGGUAGACUACUCCCGCUUCCACAAGACCUACGAGGUGCCAGCUACUCCGCACUGCAGCGCCAGGGAGCUCCGGGAGAUGACGGGCCGAUCCCGCUCCCCCUCGUCUGCCUCCGGCUCUAGUUCUACCCGGUCAGUGUCCCCUCUCGGUCCCAAGUCCUCCGGCCUCCACCUCUUGCCUCCACACUCCCCCAGCGCCUUCUGCUACGAGAACGAGGUGGCCCUGUGCUGCGGGGAGGAGGAGGGGGAGGAGGUAGGGGAGAUGGGUGUGAUGCUGGGGGGGAGGGACGACGGGGAGGGGGAGGAGAGGGACGUACAACUAGACAUCUUCCAGGAGAGAUUUCAGGACCAGGUAGCGGUGGACAUGAGCAUGCUGUGUGUGCUGGACAUGGACAAUCAGAUUGACAGGCUGCAGCCGGGUAUAGCUCUUGAUGCGCUGGGCUUCAGGAGGGAAUCAGGAGUGUAGUGACUGAUUCACGCUAUCGAGUCAAACUGAGACAAGACAAUCCUGGGCUGGCCUGGUUACGCAUCCACUGUAGUUGCUGGAACUGUGCUAGAAAGGAUAUUGUGAGAGGAAAAUAUCCAAGCCAGCCCGGGCCGUAGCUACAUAUGAGGACACUGAGGUCCAGACCUAGUUAAUUAAAAAAAAAAUAUAUAUAUAUAUGUAUUUUUGGGGAACUCAUUUGGGGUCUCAACUUGCUGUUGAGAGUUAGAUUAGUAGAAUACACAAGGUGCGAUUUUGAAACUUGGCUGCCCCAGUUUUUCUCUGUCACUCACUGACAGUCACUCAUUUAGCCCAUGUCGUUAAAAAUAAAAUUAAAAUAGGUGAAUUAGUCUAGUUAGUCUAGACUGAACUUGUAGUAAUCAUGACCAAAUGACUGACCUCCAGGGUUCCCCCAUUGAUUUUGUUAGUCACUCUCACUCAGACAUCAUAUUAACCAUAAGUCACGUCAAAAUGUGUAGAAUUGCAGGAACAUUUCAAAACAUUUUUUUUAAUGCUUUACCAUUUGUUAAUAAAAUACUUUCUGCUAACAGAUUCCCUCAGUACCUAAAUUAUAGUUUUUAAUCCUGGUGCUGAGCUACUUGUGUAGCUAGGCGAUGCAUUUGUAGAUCGACUGAGGUGAAUGAAGCAUCAGAAACCAUAGUAAUAAUGGCUUAGGUCGUGUUUUUUUUUUGCUCUUCUCCAAAUAGCAUUUUAGAGUUUUUUAAUUGUACAGCCCUGAAGCCAGCACAUUGUGGUUUGGGUCGGCCCUGUAGUGUGAAUCAGUCAUAGAAGACUCUCGUGUCUCGUGUCCCGAAUGAACGAUGUGCCCUUGGUACAGUUCCUCUGCUUUUUUGUGUAUCCAACCAAAGUCCUCACAGAGAGAAGGAAAGAAUUCUGCAGCACAGCGAAGAAGGAAGGUUGAAUGACUUUAUUAUUCUCUUGAGUUUCUUUUUGUUUUUAAACAUAGUUGUGUUCAGUACAUGAGUCUAAAUUUGUAUUUUAUAGCGUAAGACUUAAAUUCAUUCUUAUUGUAUUCAAUAUUCAGUUGUAUAUAUUCUCUGGAAUAAUAUUCUUUGUGAAGUGACUUUUGGUUCCAUUCAACCAAAUCUUGGUACAGUUUUUUUUCAUUUACAGAUAGCUGUCAUGAGUCAUUAAUACUUUCAAAACCACAAAUUAAGUUGAUGUGGUAUUAAAAAGUAUUUUCUGUUUGUAAAUAAAUCAUUUUUCAUGCUUAGAAACUAGGGCCGGGAUGAUACCAAUAUCACGAUACUCGUUAAUAUUGUGUCAAGGAAACAAAGCAUGACGCGGAUUUAACUUCUUCAGGAAAACAUCCGUAAUGUUGGAAACAAACAUCAUUAUGUUGUCAUUCAGAGUCACAUUUAUUUAUUAUCCAAGCUAUAGCACCCAAUAAUUUACAUACAUUUUUUUAAGAACCAAAGAGUUUGGUCUGCUUUGUGUUUCCAAUGAAUAUUGCGAUACUGGUAACAUCACAGACCUAUUAGAAACCAUGGUAAUUUUGUCUUCCUGCUUAAGGUAUAUUACUGUUAAUGUUUGAUACAUGAGCUAUGUAUUCCAAAAUUAGUAAAUAUUUUAUGACGGAAAAUAAAUGAUGGAAAAACAAUGAAUCUGAACAGAAACUGAGUUGGAAAUAGCGUGUAUUUUCCAGAUAAAGAAUAAAGAGCACUUUAUUCUGUAUUUUAUCAAAAGGAAUAUCUAAAAAUAAAAAUGAAAUAUUUUAAUUGCUGUUUUGUAUGAAUGAAUAAAUGUCUAGUAAUAAUAAUAAUAAACAAGCAGCAGUAGCUGUUCUGGUUGACACACUCUGCUCUGUUCUCACACAAUUUUUUCCCAUCAGUCACAAAGGUCAAAGGUCAAACUGACCCCAUGUUGAUGUCCACCUGUUUCUGACUGCUCAUUGGUUGGCCUGGUUUGGGGAAGUGUGUGUGUGUGUGUAAUGUGAAGGCAGGGGGUUGUUGUUCUCUAGCUCAGUGACUCAGAGGUAAUUCCAUACACACACCUGUCUUUCUUACCAUUCUCUCUUUCUAAUCCAAAACUGGGGUAUUACCCCAAAUCUGUGUCGUACUCAAAUAGCUCAGUACAGAGAGUUUUUAUUUGGCAAGUUGUUUUUUAAAACGUCCCAGAGAGUGAGGGAGAGAGGCUUAGAUAAAAAUAGAAAUAGAUACAGACUGGAGAAGGACAUACUAGGCCG